AUGACACCGAAAUGCUUAGGCGUGCGCGGCUCCGCAGUGUACACACACACACUCACAGUGUUCCAGGGUCCACGCCCGUUUCACACUGCGUUUGACAGCGUUUGUGAAAGGGUCUCCUUUGCCCUCGCCCGGUUGCUGGGCGGGAGGGCUGGGAGGCGCCGGCGCGCGGCAGCGCUGAGCGCCCGUAGGAGUUGCCGUUGCAGAGAAUCCGGGAGUCUAACUGCUCUGGGCUUAGAUCAGCAGAGCGUGGCGGGCGCGCUGGUGGAGACCGGGAUUGAGGGCGGACCCCGCGGCAGGGAACGGGCCGUUCACCCUCCCGAGCAGCCCCGGCUCUCUGACCUGUUCUCUGGAUGUCAGCUGAGUUACUAA